AUGCCCGGCAUUCCGCCUCUGGCCCGUUUUGAUGAAGUGGAAACGGAUUCCGAAACUUCCAGUGACUACACCUCCACCUCUGACUGGAACUAUAAUAGUUAUACUCGAGAUGGACUUAUUCGAUCUGACUAUGAUUAUCGUCAACUUUUGCAUCGGAGGCAACUAAUGGCUAUUCGAAAACUAAUCAACGAUUCGGAGUCAAGUCCAAAAGAUGAAGCUAAAGGUUCCGAUGAAGGGGCAUAUGCUUCGUCUGAUUCCUCUGAGAGUACUGAUGCAUAUGAAUUGAAAUCGUUUCAAGUGAAAGGUUCUGAUAGUUGUAGAAGGAAGCUGGUUCCUCCUCCGAUUCUCAAAUUAGAGAAUAUGGCAGAAAGACGAGUUCAACCUUUAGAACUUAAGAAAGAGAUAAUAUGCUCGGUACCUGAUGCGGAAGAGAAUUGCAAAAGACGAUAUAAAAAAGAGAAGGAAAAAUUGCUUUUGAGAACUUCUACUCAACCGCCACAUAACCGAACCAUCACAACAGAUCGUCUAGUCUCCUUGCAACCUUCAAAUGCGAUACAUCAAGGUGAACAAGAACUUUUCCAUUAA